AUGCUUGUUCCGAUUCUGGGCUCACAAAACGAUUUACCAUUUUUCUGGGUAGCUUCCGCUGAUUGCAACUCUCUGACGGCAGCCAUGGCAAUGGGACUUCCUCGUCUUGUUGCUACUGCUUUUACACUCCUUCUAGUUGCAGUCCUUCCUCUCCCUAUCUCCUUCGCAGGUGAGAUAACGUCUAUUGAAUCAGUCCCGGACCUUCAUAAGCUAAUGUAUGUUGCUGUUGAUGGGUAUCCUUGUGUACGGCUUCUCAAUCUCUCUGGAGAGAUUGGAUGUUCAAAUCCUGGAUUGAGUAAGGUGGUCGCUCCAAUCAUAAGACUAAAGGACGUUAAAGAUUUGGCUGAGCCACACACUAUCUUGGUGGUGUCAAGUGAUUUGAGUUUUGCUAGCAAUAUUGGUGGUGUUCUAGUUGAAUCAGGAACUAGCUUUCAACAAAAGUUAAAAGGUCUUUCUCCUGAUAAAAUGUUUCCUCAAGCGGAGUUUUCACCAUAUGCAAACGUUGAGUACAAAUGGAAUCCAGCUGCAUCAAGCAUUAUGUGGAAAGCCUAUAAUUUUCCUGUGUACUUACUGUCAGAAAGUGGCAUAACAACUGUGCAGGAGUUCCUAUCUAAGAAAGAGAUGAAGCAUAAACCUUAUACCAGUGACGUCGCUGAAUUCAAUAUGGUUAUGGAGACUACCAAAGCUGGUACACACAAUUCAGAGGCCUGUUUACAGGAAGGAACUUGCCUCCCAUUGGGCGGAUAUAGUGUUUGGUCCUCGCUUCCACCAAUCAAUGUUUUGUCUUCCAACAAUCGCAAGCCAGUUGUGCUAACUGUGGCCUCCAUGGAUUCUGCAUCAUUUUUCCGUGACAAGAGCUUUGGUGCAGAUUCACCGAUAUCUGGACUUGUAGCUCUUCUGGGAGCAGUUGAUGCUCUUUCUCGAGUUGAUGGUUUUAGCAAUCUCAAAAAGCAGCUUGUAUUUUUGGUUCUGACCGGAGAGACGUGGGGUUACCUUGGCAGCAGGAGGUUCUUACACGAACUAGAUCUGCAUUCAGAUGCUGUUGCAGGCCUUAGCGAUACUCCAAUUGAAACGGUGCUUGAAAUAGGAUCCGUUGGAAAAGGUUUGAGUGGAGGGAUGAAUACCUUCUUUGCUCAUAAAACUAGGGUUUCUUCUGCCACAAACAUGACACUGGAUGCUUUAAAGAUAGCUCAGGAUUCACUUGCAGCAAAGGACGUCAAGAUUGUUUCAGCUGAUACUACAAACCCUGGAAUUCCUCCAUCAUCCUUAAUGGCAUUCAUGAAAAAGAAUCCUCUGACUUCAGCUGUUGUUCUUGAAGACUUUGAUACCAAGUUUGUGAAUAAGUUCUACCAUAGCCACCUCGAUGAUUUGUCAAAUAUCAAUUCCUCAUCUGUAGUAGCUGCUGCUUCUGUCGUGGCCCGUACGCUUUACAUACUUGCAAGUGACAGCAAAGAUACAAGCAACUCAGCUCUGGGAUCUAUCAAUGUCAAUGCUUCUUUCGUUGAAGAGCUUCUAGCCUGUCUUUUAUCUUGUGAGCCGGGCUUAUUAUCAUGCGACUUGGUGAAAGAUUAUAUCGCACCAACAAACACUUGCCCAGGCAACUAUGCUGGCGUCAUCCUCGGAGAACCUUCCUCCAAACCUUACCUUGCUUACGUCGGUGAUGUUUCUAGAUUCCUAUGGAACUUUCUUGCUGACAAAACAUCUCUCCAAAAGGGAAACACAACCUCGGUUUGUUCAAAAGGAGUCUGUACCAAAACCGGCGAAGUGUGCAUCAAAGCAGAGAGCAGCAAGGAAGGAACAUGCGUUGUCUCCACAACCAGGUAUGUUCCAGCAUAUUCAACCCGGUUGAAGUAUGACGAUGGAGCUUGGACGAUUCUUCCCCAAAACACAUCGGAUUCUAUGGGAAUGGUUGAUCCGAUAUGGACGGAGAGCAACUGGGACACGAUAAAGGUGCAUGUGUACACGGUGCAGCACUCAGUAUACGACAAUGCAGUCCUUGUCGCAGGUGCUACAGCCACAACACUGGCUUACAUCGGGAUUUUAGUUGCAAAAUCCUUCAUUACAAAAGCCUUAAAGCAGGACUGA